ACAUCAUAAACAAAGAUGUUCGGGAAUUACCCUGAUAAGAUAUUUUGGUUUGUGACGUAACAAACGUGGUUGUGAUGAGUAAAAAGUUCCAGAAGAUACCAAUUCACGUGGUUGAAUAUCAUAAUGACGUCCUUACCCCAAUCUACCGUUGCAUCGGAUCCAAACACCUCCCUCUCCAUAAUUCUGCGCUCAUCCAUUUCGAUUCGCAUCCAGACCUAGGAGUCCCAGAAGAUUUCGAUGCGCGACAAAUAUUCAAUAAAAAUAUUUUGUUCCAAAUAAUCUCAAUUGAGAAUUGGAUUCUACCAGCAGUGUACGCCGGACAUUUUAGUUCGAUCGUUUGGUUUAAACCACGGUGGGCAAACCAGAUAAAACAAGGAACAUAUUGUUUCUAUGUUGGUCGGGAUAAAGUUACAAAUAAAUUAUGUGUUUCAUGCCACGACCCGUAUUUCCUGAGCGAUUGCGUUUAUGUUAAUGAGGUUUCUAUGUUGGAUAAGAAGCUCGUUACUUUAUAUGUUGUUGAUGUUGAGGACAAUAGCCCCCCCACCGAUAUAUUACUCCCCAACCAACAUUACGUCCUCGAUAUCGACCUCGAUUAUUUCUCGACACAAAACCCGUUCCUUGAUAUGUUUCCACCGGGUGACCUCAGCGAGCUCACGAGGAUUUACAAGUUUCAACAUUCGGACGAUCAUGAUAUUGAUGGUUGCUUGGCAACUCGAAGAGAACAAUUGGAUGAAUUGAGAUCUUGGAUCGAGAAGAUGAAGUCCGGAUGCGGGGAUGAGGAGGGUCGAGGGUCCAUGGUAGAUGGGAGAUUCCUAAGUUUUCAACAAAUCGUAAAAAAUUAUGAAAAUAAAUUGGGACGAAAACUGGAGGCUGAUGAUUACGACAUUAUCCACGGGGCAGGUUGCGCAACAGGGGAACCCCCCCUACCCCACCACGUGGCAACGAACGAAGAAAUUCAAGGAAGUUUAAAAAAAGUUGAAAAUAUUUUGAAAAACCUUCCGUGGAAACCGGUGAUGGUCACGGUUGCUAGGUCUUCAAUCGAUGAUUAUUGUCCGAAACAUCAAGUCGAGUUCAUCCAAUCAGAAGUCGAGGAAAUGUUGAGGUCGUUGUACCAUGACGUUGAUGUCAUCCAUUCAUAUUGAUGAUGUCAUAAUACUGUGGUCUGUGACAUCAUCGAUGACAUCAUUAAACUUUUUUUUUCUUCUUUUGUUGUUCAUCUGUAACAAAACAAUGAAAUAUUUACUUAUUAUGACAUCACAAUCAACAAUUGUUUUACCUGGCAGAAAAUCUUGAAACAUUUUUCGUUUCUUUUCUAUUUUUACUUGAAAACUUUUCCAAUCUUCGUUUCUUUGAUGAAAUUGUCGAAUCGCAAAUUUACGAAAUAUAUGUUUUCCAUGUUG